UCGUUCUUACCUUGAAGCAAGAACAAUUCAGAGAGUUGUGGAGAGGCCACUGGCAAACAAUCAAGCAGAAACUCCACAUCUAAGGUAUCAUUCUCAUCUAUGCUAACAAGGUAAAGCAACUUGAGUUAAAUGUAUAAAGGGGUCUCCAUCAACUCUGUGCUGUUAUUCCAUUUAAGGUGAAUUUUUUCUCACCAAAGAUACCUUGAAGUUGACUCACCAAACUAGGCAAUAAGUAUUUUAUCGGUAACUUACAAAAACUUUAAUACCUUGCAUUCUAAAAUGUUCUCAUACUUUGCACUGUUAGAAGAAUCAUUUCACUGCCCUUAGUUGUAUUCUGUGCAACAAGACCCUUCUUAAUAUAUUUCAGUGGUGUGAGUCUGUUAUUACUGUUCUCAAUCACGAUUGACCUAAUUCUGGUUCAUGACAAACAUGCAUGGUACCGCGCCGGUACAAAUAGAUGGUCAAAUUUCAGACUGUCAAUUUCGCAAGCGGUAAGUAGAUUGGAAGAUGACGUCUUGUACAACAGAAAGCUUAGUUGUAAUUGUCAUUAAUGGCAGCCUGUAGUUAAGUUGUCAAAAAAUUGAAAGGGAUAUGUGGUUAAUGUUUGCACCGACCUUCAGCGUAGGUAAUCGGUUUUUCAAACUGUCGACGGAUAGAUGGGUUGAAGAGAAAUUUUAUUGGCAAUUUCUCCAGCCAGCAUGCAUCGACAAAAAAACCUGUAUUUACGGCAACUUAACUGCUUACUUUGUCUGUGGCAACACGUCAAUAAUGAACUGAGAGGCUUAAUUUAUCCAUGGCAACGGGUCCAGCAUCAAUGGUUGGCCUGUUUUCUCAAGCCAGAGCGGUGGUGCGGUGAUUUUAGGUCGGGUAGUUGCUGUUCUUACCCAAUCAGUCCAGUGCAGUGAUACAUCGGGCAGUUUUUGCUGUUCACAGAGGGCCAGCCGAGCGUUCUCUUUGCAUCUUUCUCACUGACUGACUGUCACUUGUGAAUUAAACAGGGACUGCCUAGUUGUGUUUUCAGCUACGUCAGACUUGAACGUCAUAUUGUGUAUUAGCUGAGUUAGCAAACUGUGCUGCCAUUCUGGAUGUAGAAAGAGAAGUGUUGGCCAAAAGGAGUGUUUAAACAAUCUGUUUGUACCGGUAGUGCGCAUCUUGCUGCACUUGCACACAGUACGGACUCAUAUUUCAGUGGGCAUUGGCUGAUGUUUGAUGCUUUUACAUUGGAUACUUGCUGCAGCUUGUUUGCUGUUAUUAAUAAAGUGAUCUUUCUGGGAAGUGUUUUGUGUAACCGUUGGGGAAAUUGAAAAUGGAGCUGCUCCAUAACUUUUCAGAGCGUGGCAAUAGUUCCUCGUCGGAGCAAGGGGCUUCUCCCCAAUCCAGUCUUGAAAUCCUGAAUAUCAUUAAGUAUGCCUUGAUACUGCCAUUAUCAAUUCUCCUAGUAGCCAUUGAUCUGUACAUCAUCUUCGGCAUUUGUCGCAACCGCAACCUGCGCAGCAUCUCUAACUAUUUCCUGGAUAACUUGCUCGCCAGUGAACUCAUAUACAUACUUGUGAUUUUCUUUGACAAUCUCCUGCUUUUAUCGCCAGCAGGUUGCAAUAAUUGUGAGAAUACGCACCUGUAUGUCUUUGUUGUGACCAGCAUGCACCUGCUUUACUUUCUGUGUGGUAUCUGCUUUGCCGUCGACAAGUACAUCAAAAUCACUCGUCCUCUGAGGUACACACAGCUGAUAACCAAUAGGAUUUGCAUCACAUUUGUCGGCGUUGCGUGGGUCCUACCAUUUGCUGCUGGUGGUCUGGCAUUAGUACUGUUUCGAAAUUUAGUGAGAUGCAAAAACCCUAAGGAUCUACGGAUUGAACUUCAGCAGGCAAUUCUUAUUCUCUCUGAUGGAGUUGUCUUGCCGAUGCUGAUGAUCAUCAUGGGUCUAAACAUGAAGAUAAUCUGUAUCGUCAGGCAUCAAACGCGAGCGAUAGCCAACAUGGCUCCACAGCACCAUGCCGAUUCCGACAACCAUAACGACAUCAGCGACCAGCAACAACAAGCUGUCUGCAAGAGUACCCGAUACUUCAAGGCUUUCCUCUGGUCCUUUGUUCUGGUUUGGGUGCCCCCAAUCCUAAUCGAAAACAUCUCUUACAUCCUGCCGCACUCCAGAGGUAAUCUGCUUUGGUAUGUUGGAAUCAGAAAUGCCAUGAACGUCCUGGGGUUGUGUCAGAUGCUCUAUGGUACGGUCGUUCUUACCUUGAAGCAAGAACAAUUCAGAGAGUUGUGGAGAGGCCACUGGCAAAUAAUCAAGCAGAAACUCCACAUCUAAGGUAUCAUUCUCAUCUAUGCUAACAAGGUAAAACAAUUUGAGUUAUGUUUAAAGGGGUCUUCCAUCAACUCUGUGCUGUCAUUCUAUUUUGAAGUUGACUCACUAUUUACCAAAAACAGGUAAGAAAAUAAAAGUCUGUUGGUUUGGCAAUAAGUGGUUUUUGGGGGGUAACUCGCAUUUAAAAAACGGCAAAAAUGGCAACAAUUUUAAUACCUUGCAUUUUCAAAUUGUCUGAUACUGUGCACUGUUAGAAGAAUCUUUUCACUGCCCUUACAUCAUCAGGGUGUAAGCCAUGUGCUACCAUAACAACUAUUGGACAAUCAAGUCUCUAGAGGGAUAUAUUUCGGUAACUCUCAUUACGGUAACUCUCAUUAUGGUAACUCUCAUUACGGUAACUCUCAUUACGGUAACUCUCAUUACGGUAACUCUCAUUACGGUAACUCUCAUUACGGUAACUCUCAUUACGGUAACUCUCAUUACGGUAACUCUCAUUACGGUAACUCUCAUUACGGUAACCCUCAUUACGGUAACUCUCAUUACGGUAACUCCCAUUACGGUAACCCUCAUUACGGUAACUCUCAUUACGGUAACUCUCAUUACGGUAACUCUCAUUACGGUAUCUCCCAUUAGGGUAACUGUCAUUACGGUAACUCUCAUUACGGUAACUCCCAUUACAGUAACUCUCAUUAUGGUAACUCCCAUUACGGUAACUCUCAUUACGGUACGGUAACUCUCAUUAAGGUAACUCCCAUUACGGUAACUCCCCUUACGGUAACUCUCCUUACGGUAACUCUCAUUAUGGUAACUCUCAAUACGGUAUCUCCCAUUACAGUUACUCACAAUACAGUUUGUCAGCCCAUCUUUGGUACAAGUUGAAACAUAUAAGAAACUUACAAACAACUAGAUAUUUGUGUUUGUUUAGUUACAAACGCAGGGUGAUUUGGCAGGCAGCUAGGCCUAUUUCAUUGUACAUUGGAGUUCAGUUGUGAAUAUUUUUGUAAGAGCAGAAAAGGGAAAAUUCAGGCUUUCCAGUAGAACCAUUUGUUUAAUUUGAAGGGGAGAAAUGCAUCAUUUGGGGUGUGAUAAAUUUCACUAUACAUUCACUAUACAUCUUCGGAAUAGACUAUGGUUGAUGUUCACACCAGGUUUCAUCCUUUUCCCUUGACCCGUUGCGAAGAAAUUAGUAUAUUUUUAAUUUUUAUUUGAGGCUUCUGUUUCCCUUAAUAUACACCUAACUUUGACCUGGUUACCCGGAAAGGAAAAGUCAGCCUUUGCAAAUCAAAAAUGUUCAUCAAUGAACGAAGACGGUAAGUUUGUGCACUAAAAGUGUAAGUAAUUUGAUACCUGAUGACGUCAUCAUGACGUCAGAGAAUAUGCGCACCUCGGGACCAAGGUUGAUGUUUGUUCACAAGUUCAUACCAUGUACUGUUCAGUCACAGACAUUUAUUGUCCAGAAAAAAAAGGAUAGAAAGAAAGAAAGAAAAAUUUGACAAUCCAAAACGGUGAUUUGGUCGUACCCAUUACCCAAAA